GUCAGGAAGGUGGUUUUUAAAUUGUUUUUAGUAGAGCGCAUCUCUGUAAGGACCUGGUUUGGGCGACUGUGUGUUCUGCUGGCUGCACACCCCUGAGGGAGGACACCUAAACACACCAGAAGCAAGGAAUGGAGCCAGUGACCUUUGAGGAUGUGACUGUGAACUUCACCUCAGGAGAGUGGACUAUGUUGGAUCCCAGUCAAAAGAAGCUCUACAGAGACGUGAUGAAGGAGACAUUUCUGAACCUGAUCUCUGUAGAAAAUACACUAGAAGAAAGUAGUGAAGAUGAUGACCACAUCGAACUCAGCAGAAAUCCAGGAAGCCAAGUGGUCGAGAAAGGCCAUGAAUAUGAAUGUGGCAAUCAGUGUCAUGGAAACCGGGAACCUGUUCCAGAGAAUAUGGUUAAUAAAGACACGACUCCUGCAAAAACAGUAAAUGACAGCAGAUCGCAUGUAGGCAACCUAAUUGGACAUUCGCCCUCACAAGUGUAUGUCAGAGACAAAGCUAGAGGGGAAGACUCUCAAUGUCAGGAAACUGUGGCAAAGCCUUGUAUACAUCAGAAAGAUCUGGAAAAUAGUCCUGAACCACUUCAGGUACUUCAAACGGUACUUCAAACGUCUAGAGAGAAACCGUAUAAGUGGCAACGGUAUGAGGGAGCAGGUAGCAGUCUUGCUUCCUGUCGGUCUCAUGAGAGCACAGAAGGCAGAGAGGAACUCAACUGGACCGUGCUAAGGAGAUGCACAUGUGGCCAGAAAAAUGAUGGACUCCAUACAGAAUUGAAACCAUAUGAGCAUAAGCGCUGUGAAGAAGCCUUCCUCGAGUCCAGUAGCCUCAUCAACCAUGGAAAAUGUCAUAUCGGAGAGAAGACUUACAUUUGUAAGCAGUGUGGAAAAACCUUCAAGUAUGCAAAGAGUUUUGAGAAACAUAAAGUAACUCACGCAGAAAUGAAGCCUUAUGCAUGUAAGCAUUGUGGGAAAGCCUCCACCCGCUCCGGUAAUCGUAACGUUCAUGAGAGCAGCCACUCUGCAGACAAGCCCUAUGCAUGUAAUCAUUGUGGGAAAGCCUUCACCACUUCCAGUUCUUGUACCGUUCAUGAAAGAAUUCACACUGGAGAGAAGCCGUAUGUGUGUAGGUAUUGUGGCAAAACCUUUGCCGUUCCGAGCUCUCGUAACACUCAUGAACGAACUCACACUGGAGAGAAGCCGUACGCAUGUAAGCACUGUGAAAGAACCUUCUCCAGUGCCAGCUGGCGUAACACUCAUGAGAAGGGUCACACCGGACAGAAGCCUUAUGCAUGCAAGCACUGUGAAAAAACCUUCUUCAGCUCUGGUUCUCGCAACUCUCAUGAAAGAAGUCACUCUGGAGUGAAACCCUUUGCUUGUAAAACAUGUGGGAAAACGUUCCUUCUCUCACACCAUCUUAUCAUGCAUGAAAGAACUCACACCGGAGAGAAGCCUUAUGCUUGUGAGCAUUGUGAGAAAGCCUUCACAAGUUGCAGUUGGCGUAACACUCAUGAAAGGGCACACAAUAUGAAGAAGCCCCUUGCAUGUAGGCACUGUGGGAAAACUUUUACCAUACCUAGUCUGCGUAACAUUCAUGAAAUAAUUCACAAGGUAAAGAAGUCUUAUGCCUGUAAGCAUUGUGGGAAGUCUUUCAACAGUUCCAAGCGCUGUAAAAUUCAUGAAAACACACACACUAGAGAGAAGGUUUAUGCAUGUAUGCACUGUGAGAAAACCUUCACCAGUUCUUAUUAUCGUAAUAUUCAUCAAAGAAUCCACACCGGAGAGAAGCCUUACUCGUGUAAGCACUGUGGCAAAGCCUUCACCCGCUCCCUUUAUCGUAACAGGCACGAAAGAAUUCACACCGGAGAGAAGCCUUAUGCGUGUGAGCAUUGUGAAAAAACCUUCUCUACUUCUUAGUAUGCUAACAUUCAUAAAAGAAUUUACUCUGGAAAGAAACGUAGCAUAUGUCAGCACUGUGGAAAAGCCUUCAGUAGUUCUUUUCGUCUUAAUAGGCACGAAAAAACUCACUCUGAAAAGAAGCCGUAUGCGUGUAAGCAUUGUGGGAAAGCCUUCACCUCAGCCAGUUACCAUGACAUUCAUGAAAGGGGUCACAGUGGAGAGAAGCCUUACUACACAUGUAAGCAUUGUGGAAAAACUUUCGCCACUUCCAGUUGGCGUGACACUCAUGAAAGACUUCAUACGAGACAGUAGGCUAAUGAAUGCAAACAUGGGGGAAGGCCCUCGAAAGUUCCAUGGCCACAGGAAUCAGGAAAGGAUUCACACUGUCGAGAAACUGUCGAUUACCAUGUGGGAAACUGUUCCGUUGUUCUCAUCAUUCAACCAAGUAUAACAUCUCACAUUGGAGAGGAAUGUUACCAGUGCGGAAAAACCUUCACUACUUCAAGUGUCUGUGACAUUCAUGGAACAACUCACACUAGAUAGAAGCCUUGUGCAUGUAAGCACCGUGCAAAAGCUCUCAGCAGUUGCAGCUGCUGUAAAAGUCAUGAAAGAAAUUCAGCCUGAAGACAAGCCUUGAAGGCGUAACUGUGGGGAAAAGCCUUGAGCAGCCAUAGUUCCUAUUGCACUCAUAAAGUAAUUUCACAGUGGUGGGGAACUUGAUCCUUGGAACAAAUGUGGGAAAUAAUUCAGUAUUUAGAAGCACUAUCCAUGCAAGCAGUGUGUGCCUGCAUGUCUGUGUUUCUUGUCUUCAAGAACCUAUACUAUCUCACGGUGCAAAGAAAUGCAGCAGGGAGAACUUGUACCAGUAGUAAAUUCUGUGACACUGCAUUUGACAACUUGUGAGUUUGAAGGAAGAAUGUGUUUGGACCAUGAACUCUGUCAGCUAAUAACGGUUCUUGUUCAAAACGUGAUCAUUUAGGUUACCCUGUCCUGUGCUCUCUCUCUGCUCACGUGAGUUCUUGGCUGUUCUGCCACCAUAGUUUGCUCCAUCAUUACAGCCUCUAACCCUCUGUCACUGUCAGCCCAAUAUAAUCCUUCCAUUUAAAAGUUACUUCAGUAUUCGUGACUUGUCACAGCUAUUAAAAAAAGAAGAAGAAAAAAAAGCUUGGUGCUUUUGGUACAAAGAACCAAAUGAAAUUUUUAUUGCAGAACUAUGAAACUGCUGGGUGUCAUUUUAAAUGAGAUAAAAGUCGUGAAACUUUUUCGUGUACUUAAAGCUCAUAUAAGAAAUAAAUAUGUUGCAGAAGUUAGUCUAGAAUGUUUGGAAAAUGAUCAGGUGAAAGAAGUGCAGUCAGAUUGGAGCAUUUUUAUCUUUGGCCCAGUCCUACACAGGAGUUUCAUGGAUUGUUUAUUAGGAAGGCAAUAUGAGAUUUCUGUGGUGACUCCAGCUGACCUUUUCACAUCUGAAGAGUUGAGGCUAGGACAGUCGAGAAGAAGAGGUUUGUCUUUCUGAGUCUGGGUUCUAGUUGAUUCCAUCUGCCAAGGCAUUUUCUAAUUGAAGAUUUCUUUCUUUCUGAAUAGUACUUCAUUGAUAAUUGGGGAAAGGAUAAUUUCCUAGCGAGGGGAAUUGCUGAAGGUGAAUGGCCCAAGGGUAAAAUGGCCGAAGUGUGGAGGGGAAGAUUUUUAAUUGGGCAUGAGAAAAAUCAAUAAAAAGAGAGAGGAAGAAAAAAUACAGAUGUUUGGGGUUGGGGAUUUAGCUCAAUGGCAGAGCGCUUGCCUAGCAAGCGCAAAGCCCUGGGUUCGGUCCCCAGCUCCGAAAAAAAGAAGAAAUACAGAUGUUUGAUAUUCCUCAAGGAGUUGUUAUCCUGUACAUACCUAAAAUUAUAUACAAUAUAUAAAUGUAUAGAUACAUGAUGUAUGUUCCCACACAGAGAUACACACACAUGUAUGUAUGCAUAUUAAAUGAUGUUAUGACCCUUGGCUUGACAGUGCCUAUCCCAAGAACUCUACACUAAUAAAAACCCCAGUAUCAGGCAUGGGAAAUCUCUGAAUUGUUGCAGAUAGUCCAAGCAAUUCACAGAGUAAUCCAUGCUAUUACUCUUCCCUUUGAUCAUCCGUAGAGGUUGAAGGUAAGGCCUGUUUGCCGGAACCACUGCAGACUUUGGAUGCAGGACUUGGAAGGGUUGAGCUGAAUCUCACACCAGCGUCACCUUCAUUUAGUCUAACUUUCACAGUAAGAGAUAGAUACAGUGCAAGCCGCCCAGGGAGGGAAGCAGUCAGUGUCUCUGGCCGCUAUGAUUUCGUUGUGGUUUGAAUGAGAGUAGCCCCUGUAGACUCCUCUAUUGAAUGCUUGGUUACCAGUUAGUGGAGCUGUUGGGAAGGAGUAGAAGAUGUGACCUAGUCGGAGAGGGUGUGUCACUGAGGUGGCUUUGAGGUUUCAAAGCUCAUCCUGUUCCAGGUUAGCUCUUUCUCACUCUAACUAUGUAAAGUCUUGGCUACUGCUCAUUGCUAAUCUUGCCCGCCAUGAUAAUCAUGGGCUCUAACCUCUGGAACCAUGAGUGCCAAUAAAUCUUUUCUUUUUCAUAAGUC